UCCACAAGUAUGUUUAAAUGUACGUGCAUUAUAAAGUUCAAAACAUUCUACAUUUACAUUAAUACAUCUUAAAACAAAUAAAUUGAUACACAUUUUGACAGUGAGUGAAAAGAGUCCCAAACUAGAAACGGGGAAAAUCCGAAAGCAGUGAAACUGAAUCUGAAGACCGUAAAACUGAUAUACCGCCCUCUAGAAUAUCACCACUCCCAAGUCACUGACGGGUACCCUGCUGCUGAAAACUAAAAUCCGCAACAAGCUUGAGAACCAGCGACGCUAUCAAAAUAAUAUUGUUUGAUUUAUCAAUCACUGGAAUGGCAUGUCGUACAAAUUUGUGGUAAAUAAGUGAACUUUGAUUCUCCAAAACUCACCUCAACCAACGAGUGACAACUGUACUUUCCUCCCAGAGAGGCAUGUGUGUAUUCCUCAGAUAGAAUUGGUCGUUUUUCCCCACCGAGUUUAAACCCUGAAGUAGCGAAUUCUAGGCCCAAACCGGCAUGGAUAUGGACGAUUCGACAGUCACCACCACCACACGGGUGGUGCGCCCGUUCAAAAUCAUUGCGGUCAUUCUGAUUGUGCUUUGCGGGGUGGUCAUGAUUGCGGUUUUGGCCAACAAUACAUGGAUCAGGGCAGCUGGUUUCUACCAAGGAUUGUGGAAUGAAUGCUACAACGGAACCCGGAUUGUUCCAACGCUUCCCUCUGGAUUGCCAUCGGCACAGCCACCAACAGAUAUUGUGUGCCACGCUGCACCAGCAACUGGCUGGUUGAUAGCAUGUAAGGCCCUGUCCAUCGUGGCAUUGCUUCUGACUAUCUUCUCCCUGGUCUUUGCGCUCGUUGCCCUCAUCAAAGGCAAACGCUUUGCCAACAUGUACAAGAUUGCCGGCGUCCUCCUCUUUGUCUCAGCCGUCUUCAUGCUGGUGACUCUUGCCCUCUUCCCGGCCAUGUCCAUCCAAGAAGACGUGUUCCUUCUCCGCAGCAACUGGGAGCUGGCCUGGGGGUACGGCCUGGGCUGGGGGGCCUUCCUCCUGCAAGUAGUGGCCGGUAUCUUGCUCCUCUUUGCUCCCGACAAACAGGAGAUCUACUACAGCGAGAAGACGUACUACCAGUGAGCCAUGGUGACCUGGGUUAGAUUUUGAAGUUUCUGACAGUUGCUGUGGUAACGGUAGAUCAUGCGAUGCCAGUUUUAUUGUUUUCAAAAGGAGAAUUCAUGUAAGAUAGGCUUAAUUAAGCAGCAGUAGUUCUGCAUUUUUUUAUUUGUUUGAAUAUGUUAUACAUCUCGCCUGUUGUGAAAGGUAGCUUCAACUUUCAUUUUCAAGAUCAUUUUGCUCAUUGAAACGCUCUUAGAAAGAAUCGUCAACUUAAAACCCACGUUGUUAACUUUCCAGUCAAACAUACUUGCGUAAGGCCAAAAAAAAAAGUCUCCGGUUUCUGGUAUGCGCUCGCGUCGCCGUAGCCAUGCGCAUCGGCA